AUGGGCUAUCGAUCAAGCUAUAUAACUUCUGCAAGGGUUCUUGUGCAAUCCGACCCCAACCCACACCUCGACCAGAUGCCUUUCUCUGUUCUAGGAUCAUGCGCAACUGCCUUCCUUGUGGUCACUGCUACCUAUCUCGUCAAGCGAGCACUCGACAGCCGCUCGCACGACGUGAAUCUGCUCCGCGGGCCUUCGCCCGCUUCCUGGUUGUUCGGCAGCCUCCCUGAGAUGUUUCUUCCGCACAACUACGGCGACCACGAAUAUCGAUGGGCAAAUGAAUACGGCGGGGUGUAUCGGCUGCAGGGUGUGCUCGGUCAAACACGUCUGAUGGUAUCGGACCCCGUGGCGCUCAAUUAUCUGCUCAAGAACGACGACGCUUUUUAUGCGCCGAUGAUCCUCGCCGUCGUCACGGCGCUCUAUGGCCGGCGGAAUCCAAUGUCGUUGAAAGACGAUCCGCACCGGAGGCUCCGGGCCGGUCUCAGCGUUGGAUUCACUCCAACUGUCAUCAAAGAAUAUUUGGACACCUUCAAAGCCGUGGCCUCUCGGAUCACCGACUCGCUUCUAGAACGCAAACAAGGCGCUGUAGUUGAUCUGAUUCCAAACCUCUCGGUGGCAACAUUGUCGGCCAUUGGACAAGCCGCCGUAGGCCGCUCGAUCGAGUCACUCGACCCUGAUCUGAAUGAAGCUGUUUUCAAUGUACUAUCGCUCGCGCCAAGAUAUGGAUACCCACAGUUCCUCAUGGAAGAGCUCGCAUCGCAUCUGCCAGCAUCCUUCCUUGACUGGAUGUUCAGUAACGCUCCUAUGCGCUUGUUCUCUAUGACCCGACAAACCAAGGCCCUUUGUUCGGACCUCGGCGAACAAAUCGUCGCGGAGUUGACCGCAAACAAGGAUACUGUCGAAGCGAAUCACUUGUUUGCAAAGAUCUUGGCCGGCAACUCAAGCAAAUCGCUGCCGACGGAUCUUCUCGUCGAUCAAACCAGUAUUUUGCUAAUCGCCGGCCAGGAUACGACUACGAACACUCUUGCGUUUGCCCUGGUCGAGCUUGCGCGGAAUCCUGCCCUGCAGGCUGGUCUCCGAGCUGAACUCCUCGACGCGGAGACCGAUGGUGGCUUUGACUCGCUGCCGCUGCUGAAUGCCGUGAUCAAGGAAACUCUCCGCCUGUACCCUGCCGAGCCCAUAUCUGAAAAAGUGGCGCUUGUGGACCUGACCAUACCACUUGGCAAACCAACGACGCUGAAAGAUGGGAGAGUCGUUUCAGAGCUCUUUGUUCGCAAAGGGCAAUACAUCGGCUGCGGGUUUGCAGCGUACCACCGGAGCCCGGACUGCUGGGGACCCCGACCCGAGGUGUUCGAUCCAUACCGGUGGGUCAACAAUCAGGUUAGCCCAGCGGGGGAAACGAUGGCAUCGAGCCCUUAUUCCAAUCUGUAAACUUGCUUUUCUGUCCCGAGUCAACAUUGAUGUCCUCUCAGACUGUCCUUCUCCAAUGGGCCGCACGUGUGUCUUGGGUAAGAGUCUGCCUGUGCCCGCGGUGCAACUGGCGUCUGACAACAUCUCCUCUCUCGCAGGUGGCGCUUUGCGUGAGUCCGGCAAGCUUCCUGCAUGGUUCAGUGCUUACGACGCGCAACUUCUCGCAACAGAGUACUCGAAAUGCAGGUGAUCCUCACAGAACUGGUGUCGAAAUUCGUCUUUUCCAUUCCCAGCGAUCCUGCGCUCCAGGUUCGUUGCCAAAUUACGAAUACCAUGCUGCCGAGCAACGAUCGGGGAGAGAAAGGCGCGUGGCUCUGCGUCGAACGCGUCGUCCAAUAGUGUGCUUCCGUUUUCUAUGUUGCGUGUGACGUCCCCGGACAGUUUGGAGUGCGCAGCGUACAACCGUACCCGUGAAAUAAGAUUCGG